AUGGCACAAGAUGGCAAGCCCCUCCACGCCAUAAACAAGGAGCUACGAAACAUCGCCCUACAGAAACCACAUGUACUUCACAGGACAAGCCAUACUCCACCUGCACCUUCUCCACACAGCCCCAACCACACUUCACCUGCAUCUGCCACUUUGACCAGGCCUCACCUUCCACCAGUAAGGCAAGUCCAGUCAGGUGUCUCUUUCUCUGCCAUCACCACAGGAAACAGGUUUUCUGCCCUUCAGGAUCCACAGAAUGAGGAUGACAUCGUGCUUGAUGACAUUACCGUUGCUCCCGAACCCAGCCUCACAACCAGUCCCAUUAGGUACCGUCGUCAGCCUCACCCGAAACCUCAUGGAUACCAACCACCUCCACCAACCCCGACGCCUUCGAUGCAAAUAGACAGCUCUACUCACCACACUGUUGUAGCUGAAGUCCACCAGCCACAUUCCCCCUCACACCACCAAGACUCAGGGAUGGGAUGUUCUUCCCGUCCUGACGGCUCACCUUGUCCCAUACCCACCAUGCCCCCACAGCAGCUUGCCCUUCCUGCAGACCCCACCUGCUCAACACCUAGCCCUACUCCUCCUCUACGCACUGAGGAGGUUCUCUCUGAAGUCUUCACCCUUCUCCGAGAUGCCUACCAACUGUACCAAACGGGCACUUCUGUGCCUAUAAUCCUCACCACCCUGUGGCCCACUCUCUCCAAGCUACUUACCACUUUCCUUCAAUAA